CUUGCGUUAGAUGUCGUUAAGAGUCAGUUCGAACGUAUUUUUAUCUGGUUUAUUGUUUCCUUUGUGGUUAUUUACUUCUCUAAAAUGGAAUCUCUUCAAGAAAUUUCUCAAUUUUUAAACCCGAACUCACGAUUAGAUCUGAAGGCUAUCAGCUUAGAACAUGUGCUCAGCGUAACUGGAAGUUUAGAAGGACGGGAACAGCUCUUAAAACUUCCAAAUUUACUGACACAAUUGAUUGCUCUAACACAGGACUCUUCCACAGCAGUGUCAAAGGAUGCUGCUCUGGCAUUGAUAAACAUUACUGCGGACGAAGCAGGGACCAGCGCGGUUUUGUUGAUCUCAGAAAUGACAAAAUUGAGCGAGGAUAAAAAAUACAAUUAUAAUUUAGUACAUGUUUGUAUUAGAUUUAUAAUGGAUAAGGAAAGUUCUCUAGCAGAUCCAUGCUGUAUGAUACUUUCCAAUAUGACUAGACCUUUGCAUUUAGUGGAUCGGGUCAUAGCACUUAUUGAAAAAACUGGGUAUUCUUGGGAUAGUAUUGUGGCAGUAUUUACUGCCAAGCAGUAUAACAAUACUGGUGCCAAACUGCACUAUUUAGGGCCUGUUUUUAGCAAUCUCAGUCAGUCUUCGCAAGUGAGAAGGUUCUUAGUGGAUAAAAAUCGUAACGGUAUCCAAAGGUUACUUCCAUUCACAGAAUAUGCAGGUAGUGUCGUAAGACGCGGUGGCAUAGUAGGCACGUUAAAGAAUUGUUGCUUUGAUGCAGAGGACCAUGAAUGGUUACUGAGCUUUGAAGUAGAUAUCUUGUCGUAUCUCUUGUUACCACUGGCUGGUCCAGAAGAAUUUGACUACGAAGAGAACGACAAGUUACCUGUCAGUUUGCAAUACUUACCGGAAACAAAGAAACGGGAACCAGACUUAGAUAUUAGGAUCAUGUUGUUAGAAGCCUUAGCUCAGCUGUGUGCAACUAAACGGGGAAGGGAAGUAUUAAGAGAGAAGAACACUUAUCUGAUACUCAGGGAGUAUCAUAAGUGGGAGACAAAUAAAAGCGCGUUGCUAGCUUGCGAAAAUGUUGUCGAUAUUUUAAUUAGGACCGAAGAAGAAAUAGGUUUGGACAAUAUAAAAGAAGUAGACGUUCCCCCGGAAUACGCAAACAAGUUCCAUCAAAUGGAUCAAGACUUUAUUAACAGUACAUGAUAUAACGUAUUGUAAUAAAUUUUAUAAAGG